AUGAACAGGUGCACUGGUUCAACCAUGAUGGGUCCCUGUUCUUGUGGUCUCUACCAUUAUCAACAAAACUCCUUCUCUUCCAUAUUCCCAAUGCCUUACGAAGAAGAAAUCAUGUGUCCUUAUUCGUCGUCGCCGUCUUCCGUCGAUUGCACUUUGUCUUUGGGUACGCCGUCUACUCGCUUGACGAACGACAAUGAAAAGCGCCGUGGGUCAAACUGGUGGAACAUUUUGCAAUCUUCUAGCCACUCCUCUGCGCCAUCUGGUCAUAAAUCCAAUCGCGGUGGCGAUGGUAAUGGCAAUGGUAACGGUUCUGCCGCCGCUGAUAGUCUGUUUUCACGGCGGUGCGCUAACUGCGACACCACUUCUACCCCGCUUUGGAGGAAUGGACCUCGUGGCCCUAAGUCGCUGUGUAAUGCAUGUGGGAUUAGAUACAAGAAGGAGGAGAGAAGGGCGAACGCCGCGGCGGCGGCGGUGGUUUCGAACGGUGGAAGUGAUUCGACGGAGGGAUACCAGCACCACCACCAAUACAUGAUGAACAACGGGAACCAGUGGAUGAAUCACUCACAAUCCACCUACAAAAUGCCGUCAUGCUACUCGACGGCGUCGGCGGCGUCGAAUGAAUAUAGGUUCAUGGAUGACGUGGACGACAGAGAUUCGCCAUUCCUCUCGUGGCGGCUUAACGUCACUGACAGACCAGGCCUCGUCCAUGACUUUACUAGAUGA